GGUAAUAGUAAUCAAAUAGUAAUCAAAAUUUAAUUAAAUAAAUAGCUUAUGAAAGAAAAACAUAAUGAAUAUAAACUAUUUGUUUCUAUCCGUCAUCUUUGGUCUAAUAAUUUCACUGGCCUCCGGGCGCGUACGUCCAGCCGGCGAUAUGGGCAACAGUAUCGAGCGUUUUGAAAAUGGUUUUCCCAAACGAGACUACGAACUAUACCGCAAACGGGUUUCGGGUGACAUGUCGGAGGCGAUACCAGAAUCGAGUGGUCAGUUUGAGUUUGCAAGUGUAGGCAACUAUGGUAUCGAGCAGAGGGAGGCUGAGGCCGACCUCAAGGCCGCAAAGGAAGCGGAAAAGCAUAUGAAAAGCAAUUUAAAUUAAUUAAACCAAUUAAUGAAAAGUACAGAUGUUUUGUUUGUUUAUUGUUGUUGAGAGAGAUAUUAUAUAAUACUAUUUCUAGUAAUUUACUUACAUUUCUAAUAUAAUAUUUUCUUAAUGAUAGAUAAUAA